AUGACGACAAGGAGACUUCCUCGACCAAUCUCCAAAAGAGAACAAGAGAUUUACAAGUUGGGACCGCCCAGGAACACCAAACCUGGAGCUACAAAUUUAGAGUUGGACAAAUAUGAACAAAUUUGCAACAGGAAACUUAUCGAUGAGUACUUAAACGAUGUCUUGCAUUACCAUGCCGCUUUAGAGGAAUUAGAUCCUGUUAACGCGAGGAUGAUUGACUUGCAACCAGAGAUCAGUUGGUAUAUGCGUCCUUAUCUGAUUAGCUUUCUGAUUGAGGUUCAUUUAUCCUAUCGUCUGAAGGCUUCCACCUUAUUUUUGUGUGUCAAUUUGAUUGAUAGAUAUUGUUCUAGGAGAAUUGUCUUCAAACAGCACUAUCAACUGGUGGGAUGCACCGCUCUGUGGAUUGCCGCCAAAUAUGAAGAUAAGAAGUCCAGGGUUCCUUUGUUGAAAGAUUUAGUACUGAUGACCCAGAAUAGUUUUGAUGAGUCUAUGUUUAAAGAGAUGGAGUUGCAUAUGUUGAGCACUUUGGAUUGGCAAAUCGGCCAUGUGUCUUUGGAAGAGAAUUUGCAAUCAAUAAUGUUAUGCUUUGAAAUCGACUCACUAACUGUCUCCCACCACGUUACAGGUGAUCAUAAAGCGCUUCGAAGCGCGCUAGUGGCCAUUUCCCGUUAUCUUUGCGAACUAUCGCUCUAUCAUAGGAGUUUCAUAUGUGUUUCUCCAAACAUAAUCGCUACCACUGCUACGCUAAUCUCUUGUACAGUGUUGGAGAUAUCUAACGGAACAGAAUUUAUAGAUGACCUUGUACAAGAUAUCCUAAGAGAUAAGCAACAACCUGAAAAUUAUGAUAUUGAUGAUAUGGAUGAUAUCUUCUUCUCAGACAAUGAAGAUGAACUUAAUGAUGAAAAUGAACCCUCAUACAACUCUCGUGUCAUGUGUCCUCCGUUUGUUACCAACUUUGACGGUGAACAAACACUUCGAGUGAUGAAGUUAGUAGCACUUCUAUUUUUGACAUGUAUGUUGGAUCCCCCGGAUAUUUUGGUUGACAAAUAUAAGCCUUUGGGUGUGAUAGACGUACUUUCUGGAUAUCUUUCAACGAAGCAAGAUCACAUUCAACAUCAAAUGGAUAUGCUAGAUCCUUCUAAGCUGGACUUUGAAGCCUCAGAGAAAACAUAUCAACUUCUACUUGAGACUAAUCCACAAUUACUACAAACGGCCGAAUGGCUACUGAGUAUCACAGAAAUCAAAUCAUCAAUCUCUUUCCAGCUACCCCACACUCCAAACCAAGAAGAAUCCUCUGAAUCUCUUUAUAGAGAUACAAUUUACUCGCUUCCAAAAUAUCCCGACACAACAAAUUACACUGCCAAGAGCUCAAGAGAUACGUUAAUGUUAUCCUCAUCUCCUUCGAUGCCUCCACUCACUCCACCAUCUGUCGCAUCUACGCACUUUUCAAGUUCUUCUAUGAGAAGCCCAUCCCAUGUUGUUUCCUAUGAAAACAACCCUGCCAAGAAACAAGUGAUUACUUAUCCGUCUUCAUCACCGAUAUUUAAUUAG